AUGCAGCCGCCGCCGCUGUCGUUCAUGUCAUCGCGGCGCCGCUUCGCCUCUUAUCGCGGUGGUUCGGGCGGAUCUAAGCGGCGGCGGCCGGCUCGCCUUCACGCCGCCCGGGUGGCACGUGGCAGCAGAGCGGCGGCGCCAGUGGGCGAUCGUGGCGGCUGCCUGCCAGUUCCGUCUGGGCGUCCGGGGCCUCGCUUGUUUCGCCCGGCGGCCCCAAGGCAGCGGCGGCCCCCAAAGCAGCGGUGCGCCCCCAACUUCUCUCCUCGGUGCGGCUCCAAGUCGGCGGUGCGCACCCCAAGUGACGGCGGCCCCAAGGCGGCGGCGGUCCCCAAGGCAGCGGCAGAUCCGGCUACUCUCGUCUCCACCUUGCUCAUGGCAUCAUCAAGCUUUUUAGAUCAGCAUCAAGCAAACUCAAGAAACACAUGGCAACACAAGACUACGGAAGAUCUUGCUGCUGCUGAAAAGGAAUUUGAAGAUUUGCAACCGUAUGAACUGCCUAAAGCUGAAAUGGUCGAUCUAGUGCAGUAG